AUGGAGAAAGGCGGGAAAUUGUGGUGGCAGAUGAAUGACGGGGAGGGUGGGUGUAGCUUUGAACACGUUUUUCAUAUCCGUAAUUACCCCACUGUUUCUGAACCAACAACUUAACAUAGUCCGCUGUUGCUGUUAUAUAUUAUUACAUUACAGAAGGAGACCGAGCGCAGCAGAAGUCGAUUAUGGAGGGAGCAGCCAAAGGAGAAGUGAAGCAUGUAGUGGUAGUGAAGUUGAAAGAAAGCAUUCCACAGCAUGAAAUUGAGCAACACAUCAAGGACUAUGCCAAUCUCGUCAAUCUCAUCCCUUCCAUGAAGUCCUUCCACUGGGGGAGAGACGUCGGAGUGUGCGGCAUGGAUGAAGGAUACACCCACAUAUUCGAGUGCACAUUCGAGACCGAACAGGACGUCGUCGAGUACAUGGCUCAUCCUUCUCACCGUGAAUUUGCAGACUUGUUCAUCCCUAAACUCGACAAGUUCCUCAUCAUCGAUUACAAGCCCACACUAGUUCAUCCUUGAUUGAUUGGGAGAUCAUUGAAUUGUGCUGCCAUUUGCCAACCUAUAGAUCAAACCCUUGGGUUCAAUAAAAGUCACUGUUAUAUGUGAUCUCUCUUCAUAAAUGUUGAUAGUCAGUCCGAGUAAUUAGAAAACGUCGACAAAAAAAGAGUCUCAGACAUCCAAGGAAGAAGGAAGUGAGCAGCAUUAGCUCUCAAGCCCGGCGAAAGGCGAAAGCUCUUAGUCGGCCACUGCGAAUGUUCUUUGAGAAACAAGCCUUUCGAAUUGUCAUCAUCAACUACUACCCAAAAAAAACCACAAAUCAAACUUCAAAACAGAGCAACAAGACGAAGAAGGAUAAAUCUGAUGUAUCAUCACUUACUGAGCCUUGAGUCAGUAGAAACAGGCUCACCCAAAGUCGAUGAACAAAUGCUCUUCCUGAUGUCUACGAGAGAUCUGUUCAACGAAAGAGAACAGAACCCUUGUUUUCCAAUUUUCCACCAGGGUAUUGAUUUCCAUCAAAUAAGUUAAAAACAGAGAUAACCCAUGAGAGGAACAUCGAAAAAGAAGAGAUUGCAAGGAUGUAUGUACAUUACAUACAUCUCUUCCAUCUAAAUCCAUUGAUGGAAUUCAAUGGAAUGGGUGGUAUUGGUAAGAAAAAGAAGCUAGCGACGGAGAUAAGGGAUCGCCGAUUCUCUACUCUGCUGAUCGAUUUUCUAUCCAAUCCACCCACUCCGAUGAUUUCCUCUACACAUAAUCGCAAAGGA